GCAGUGAUUGAUGAAAGUUCAAUAAGUAACAUAUCGAGAAAAUAGACCUACAUACGUUUGGAUAUUUCAAUUUCUCUGGUAGAUGGAUUAGGACUAAGUAGUGUCCACGGGACUCCAAAAUGAUGUCAAUUUAUUAAGAUUAAUCAAGGGAUUCAACAAGAGGCUCUCAAAAUGGCGAAGAGGACAGCGCUAGAGUUUUACCGGAAACGUCAAACAGUGGAGAGUCUGGCUACAGAAAGACCACAAAGUUUGAAAUCUGUGUAUGACAUCAUCAACAGUUCCAUAGCAGGAUUGGAAGAACGUCUGGACAUGUUGAUGACGUCAUAUUAUGGGUCAGACGAAACAUUAGAUAAUCAGCUGAAACGAUGGCUACCAUUGGUUAAUACGGUGUUACGUCAAGGGAAAGCAAUGGAAUUGGUCAGCAAGGAACAGAUUGAGGAAUUUUACAUCAAGCACGACAAUUUGUUGGAAAGGUCGCCAUUUUGUCAGGAUAAUUUAGACGAAUUCUAUGACGUCAUUAAUCACAUCAUAGAAAAUGUCAAUGACGGAUUUUCUCCGAUGGCGUCAUCAGUCGAGGAACUGGUCGGAUUCAUGGCCAAGUAUCUGAGAAGCUUCAGUACAGCAGAUGGAGACCGAUAUCUCGAGACUUGCACGAAUUAUGAAAAGCAGAAAACAGACUUAGAAAGAGCUAUUUUACUUAAUAUUAAAAACAUUUUUCUUAUGCUUCAAAAAUUCGAAGAGGAAUGUUUAACUAUAAAUCAUUUUGAUUACAUAUCAAAAGAACUAGCCGAGCGACAUGGGUGUAUUCAUACGCCAAUAUUAAUAGUGUUCCCUACUGCCUGUGAAAACAUUCGAAACGCAUUCACUGGAAUUCGAAAGUGGUUAACAGCAGACGCGAGCUAUGUAGAAUAUUUGGAACACGAUUAUAUCGAUCUAGAACAGAAACGUGAACUCCAACUCAGGGAGUUUAAAGAACUACAAUUUAAAGUGAGCAGUUUCGAAUAUAAAUUUAAGUCUCUGCAAAAAGAAAUAAAUCAAAUAGGUUCGGAACUUAAUCGCUUGAAACCAAAAGAACAGGCCAUUGACAAAAACGAAAAACAGUUGUCGACUGUGCACAAGAGCGUGAGUGUUGACCUUGAGAUCAAGUUGUUCAGGUUGACGGAGAUGAAGCAGACGACACCGCGAGACAGAAACAGACAAUUCAAGGAACAGUUGGAACGACUUAACACGGAGAUAAAUCUCCUGAAAGACCAACGUCCAAAACUCGACAGGAGCAUCACGGACAUCCAAAGCAAAAAAUCGUGGAUCGCUGAACGAAAAAUGGACAAAGCUGAAAAGGAAAGAUUGUUGGAGGAAGUGAAAGUCGAAAGGCGAAAAGUAAAAAAGCUGUCGAGGAAAUGUGAAGUAGAAAUUCAACGAAUAAACGAAUGUCUUCAGAGAUUGAAGAGCGUUAAAACGAAGAAAACGAGUGAAGAGAUUCUAAGAAAGAUAUUCCAUAAUCUACCUACAGUGUCUAGAAAUAUACAAAGUAAUCGAGGAAAAAUUGAUAAAAUUGACAGAGCCUUUAAUAUUGUAGCUCGUUAUAUUGACGGUGAUUGGACAAAAUUGUACUGGCAGCUGCCAUUUUACCCAGCUAGAGGAGAGGAAACAAAACGCCAAGACAUCGAAGAUAUCAUCCAAAACUGCGUACGUCAUACGGCCGAAGAUGAAGCGAAACUAGGCUUAGCAAAAUGGCGGCGUUUACACACAAGAGUAACCAUGGCAACACUAACAGACGCGCUGUCGGUCAUUAAACGUAAAGACAUUGUUGAUCAAAUUAAGAAAGAACUAAAACCGAGUCCUAAACGAUUAGUAAAUCCUAAAUUAUAUCGAACUGUUCAUUUUCCUGACAUUCCUGUGUUCGAUUGUCGUGUGUUUUAAACUAUAUUGUACGAUAUGAAAAAUAUAAAAUAAAACUAUGAUACAUGA